AUGUCCGCCCUCGCAGAACUCCAACCAACCAUCACAACCGCCCGUCUGUCCCUGGACCCUCCCUCCCCCCAGGACGACCCAUCCAUGCGCGCCAUGUUCUCCGAUAUCCCCACUAUGGCCUUCCUCCGGUUCAAGACCAAGGAAGAAAACGGCGGCUGGACCAUCCCUGAGAUCGUCGCCCGUCGUGAGGGGCACUCGAAACAGAUUGAGGACCGAUCUGGGUCUUGCUUUUACAUCCACGACAAGGCUACAGGGGAACUUGCAGGUGUGAUGGGGGCAAACUCGAUUAAUAGGGUUGAUAGGAAUGCACAUGUGGGCAUUAUUCUGUGGAAGAAGUAUUGGUCGGGUGGGUAUGGUACCGAGGCCUUGUAUGAGCUCAUGCGUGGUCUCUUUGAGGACGACAAGAUGCACAAGAUGGCAUAUGAGACGACGGAAAAGAACGACGGUAUGCGUGGCUUCCUGGAAAAGGCGUGCGGGAUCCCAUUGACAUACAUCAACAAGGACGAACUCAUGUGCACCGCCACCCACAAGUGGGUCUCCUUCUACGUCUACGUGAUCUUUGAGGAGGACUGGCCCCGCAUCAAGGUCGCCCUCCUCGAAAGGAUCCGUGCCGGUGCUGCCAAGUAUGCCAACAAGGCCUAA